ACGACAGUGGACACUGGACAGGUCGACAGCGCGACCGCACGACUACGAAUCAGCGUAUGCAUCCACUCUCACCCGAUCCAAAGCUCUCACUUCUUCUCCUGUACACUGUAACACACCCAGGCCUUGAUCCUCGAGAACACAUGUCUUUCCAGAUCGACGUCCGAUUCUUUAUCUCCACCUCUCGGCAAUUUCCCCCUAAAUUCUCUCAUCCUCAAAGCUACUAAACCUCCACAAAUUCACUAUCGAUGCUCUCCAGUCAACUACACGCAUGAUUUUUGUGAUUUUCAUCUCAUCACUAGGGCACUCCAUCAUCAUCAGCAGAAUGCUGUCGCAUUGACUUCCUCUCCCUGACGCUCGACGAUCGACGCCUCUGCCGCCGGGAAUGGCGGUUUCUCCGGCAAACUUCCUGUUCGGCUUCCUCUUCCUUUCCAUCCUCUUAUGGCUUCUCUUGACAUUUGCAUCUGGGUUAAUAGCUUGGAUUUUGAGCCGAGUUCUGGGAGCAUCUGUUGGAUUUCGUGUUGCUGGAUGGAAAUGUUUGAGAGAUGUUGUGGUGAAAUUUAAAAAGGGUGCUGUUGAGAGCAUUUCCAUUGGUGAAAUCAGAUUAAGUCUACGGCAAUCAUUAGUUAAACUUGGGGUUGGCUUUUUAUCCAGGGAUCCAAAAUUGCAGGUGCUAAUAAGUGAUUUGGAAAUUGUUAUGAGAAAUUCAAGCAAAAGCUCUCGGUCCUCUCAAAAAACAAGGUCUCAGUCAUCUCAGAGAACCCGCAAGUCAGGAAGAGGAAAGUGGAUGGUUGUGGCUAAUAUGGCAAGAUUUUUGUCAGUUUCUGUGACUGAGUUAGCUAUCAGAACACCCAAAGCUGCUGUGGAGGUGAAAGAACUGACCCUAGAUAUAUCAAAAGAUGGUGGAUCUAAGCCAGCUUUGUUUGUGAAGUUGAACCUUGUUCCUGUCCUUGUACACUUAGGUGAUACACGAAUCAGCUACGACCAGUCAUCAGUUUAUGGUGAACCUUUUCCACUCCAGCAGACAUUACUAUCUGUGACAGAGAGGACAUCUGCCCCUUUUAUCUGUGAAGAAUUUUCUGUUAUGUGCGAGUUUGGUCAUGAAAGGGAAGUGGGAGUGGUAGUUAAAAAUGUCGAUCUCAGAAGUGGAGAAGUUUUUGUAAAUCUCAAUGAGGAGCUGUUACUUAAAAGGAAAAGCUCUGCAGAGGCUGUUUUUCAAGCUCAGGAAGUCAUGGGAACCUUGGAGGCUGGGGCUGCUGAAAAGCCACAGAAAAAGCCAGCAGUACUGGGUAUCAGUAAAUAUGCCUCUAUGCUUCCAGAAAAGCUUAGCUUCAAUCUACCCAAAUUGGACAUGAAAUUUGUCCAUCGUGGAGAAGGUCUUCUGGUGGAGAAUAACAUCAUGGGCAUUCAACUCAAAGGCUCAAAAUCUCGAUCAAUUGAAGAUGUGGGAGAGAGUACACGGCUUGAUUUGCAGAUGGAAUUUAGUGAAAUUCAUCUACUCAGGGAGGCUGGUAUUUCUGUUAUGGAAAUAUUGAAACUGGAUGUUGUCUCGUCAGUUCAUAUUCCACGUCAGCCUACCUCACCUAUUGGGUUUGAAGUUGAAGUCAAGCUUGGAGGUACUCAGAGCAAUCUAAUUCUAACCAGAUUAACUCCGUGGAUGGGCCUUCUUGCCUUGAGGAAAAAGAAAGUGGUAGUUGAAAAUGGUGGUUCUACUUCUGAAAGCCCAAAGUCUUCUGGACAUAAAGCCAUUAUGUGGACAUGCACUGUCUCUGCCCCAGAGAUGACAAUUGUUCUUUAUGAUAUGAGUGGGUCACCGUUGUACCAUGGUUGUUCACAAUCAUCACAUGUCUUUGCCAACAACAUAUCAAGUACGGGCACAGAAGUACAUAUGGAACUUGGUGAAUUCAAUCUGCACAUGUCUGAUGAAUAUCAAGAAUGCUUGAAGGAGAGCCUGUUUGGAGUGGAAACAAAUACAGAAUCAUUAAUGCAUGUUGCUAAGAUUAGUGUUGAUUGGGGCAGAAAGGAUACAGAUUUGCCUGAAGAUGGUAUCAACUGUAAAUUGGUUCUAUCCAUGGAUGUAACUGGCAUGGGAGUAUUUAUGAACUUCAGGCGCCUUGAAUCACUAAUAUCAGCAGCCUUUUCCUUCAAAUCAUUAAUAAGAAGUUUGUCUGCUUCUAGUAAGAAACCAACACAUAACAGGAGUACAAAAUUGUCCAAGCCAUCCGGAAAGGGGAUUCAAGUCAUAAGAUUUAAUCUUGAAAGAUGUUCUUUAAAUUUCAGUGGAGAUGCUGGCUUAGAAAAUGCAGUUGUUGCAGACCCCAAACGUGUUAAUUAUGGGUCCCACGGUGGGGUAGUUUUGAUUAAUGUCUCUGCAGAUGGUACUCCCCGAACAGCAAGUAUACAGUCUACAACCUCAGAUGAAUCAAAGAAACUGAAGUAUUCAGUUUCCCUUGAUGUCUCCCAUCUCAGCAUUUGCAUAAACAAGGAGAAACAGUCCACACAGAUGGAGCUUGAAAGAGCCAGAUCUAUCUAUCGAGAAUUUUUGGAAGAAAAUAAUCCUGGAACUGAAGUUACAUUGCUUGACUUGCAAAAUGCAAAGUUUGUGAGGCGAUCUGGUGGUCUUAAAGACAUUGCAGUUUGCUCUCUCUUUAGUGCUACUGAUAUGACAUUCAGAUGGGAACCAGAUUUGCAUAUAGCGUUAUUUGAACUUGGUUUGCAGUUGAAGUUAAUGGUCCACCAGCAUAAGCUUCAAGAAUCUAGGAAAGAAGUGAUGAAUGAUAAUGAGCUGAAGAAAGAGAAAUCUGCAGAAUCGGUAGAGCUUGUGAAACAGCACAAGAAAAGGGAAUCCAUUUUUGCAAUUGAUGUUGAAAUGCUUAAUAUAUCUGCUGAAGUUGGGGAUGGAGUUGAAACCACUAUUCAGGUCCAGUCCAUCUUUUCUGAAAAUGCACGAAUAGGUGUGCUUCUUGAAGGGCUCACACUCCAUUUCAACAAUGCAAGAAUAUUUAGAAGCAGCAGGAUGCAAAUUUCUCGGAUUCCUAAUGCUUCUAGCAUUGCAUCAAAUUCCAAAACUGAGAGAGAAUGGGACUGGGUAAUUCAAGCCCUUGAUGUUCACAUUUGCAUGCCUUACAGGUUACAGUUGCGUGCCAUUGAUGAUUCUGUUGAGGAAAUGAUUCGAGCUCUAAAGCUCAUUACUUCUGCUAAAACUAAACUUAUGUUUCCAAACAAGGAAGAUAAUACAAAACCUAAAAAAUCCAGGUCAUCAAAGGUUGGACGUGUAAGAUUUUGCAUACGUGAACUAACUGCUUAUAUUGAAGAAGAGCCAAUCCAGGGUUGGCUUGAUGAACAUUAUCAGUUGCUGAAGAAUGAGGCUAGUGAAUUAGCUGUGCGAUUGAACUUUCUUGAUGAACUUGUCUCCAGAUGUGGUCCAUCUUCUGGUGCUACUGAGCAAAAUGCUUCUAUUCUGGAAGGCAAGUUUCUAUUUAAUGGAGAAGAGAUUGAUGUGCAGGACACUUCUGCAGUUCAAAAACUGCGAGAGGAGAUCUAUAGGAAAUCAUUCCGGUCAUACUACCAGGCAUGUAAAAAUCUUAAGCCAUCACAAGGAUCAGGGGCUUGCAGCGAAGGAUUUCAAGCUGGUUUUACGCCUAGUACUUCCAGGACUUCUCUUUUUUCAGUUUGUGCUACAGAAUUAGAUGUAAGCUUGACAAGAAUUGAAGGAGGUGAAACUGGUAUAAUUGAGCUUCUGCAGAAGCUUGAUCCUAUAUGUCAGGCACAAAACAUCCCAUUCUCUCGGCUAUAUGGUAGUAAUAUCAAUUUAUGUGCAGGCUCUCUUACUGUACGAAUAAGAAAUUACACUUAUCCAUUAUUUGCUGCAACUUCUGGAAAAUGUGAAGGUCGCCUUGUGCUUGCUCAGCAGGCAACAUGUUUUCAGCCUCAAGUUUUCAAAAAUGUCUUCAUUGGGAGGUGGAGGAAGGUCAGUCUGCUUCGUUCAGCAAGUGGCACAACUCCACCAAUGAAAACAUAUUCUGAUUUGCCCCUAUAUUUUCAAAAAGCAGAAAUUUCCUAUGGUGUUGGUUUUGAGCCGUCAUUUACGGAUAUCAGUUAUGCUUUUACUGUGGCACUUCGCAGGGCCAAUUUAAGUACUAGGGAUCCAAACCCUGAUCCUCCUCCACCGAAAAAGGAAAAGAGCUUGCCAUGGUGGGAUGAAAUGAGAAACUAUAUGCAUGGGAACAUCACUCUAUACUUCUCUGAAGCCAAAUGGACUGUUCUUGCAACAACUGAUCCCUAUGAAAUGUCUGACAAGCUUCAGAUCAUAUCAGGUUAUAUGGAACUGCAACAGUCUGAUGGUCGUGUUUAUGUUUCAGCAAAGGAUUUCAAGAUUAUAAUAAGCAGUUUGGAGAGCAUACUAAAAAACUCAAGUGUAAAACCUCCAACUGGUUUUUCUUGUACACUCAUAGAGGCCCCUGUUUUCAGUGUUGAAGUUACCAUGGAAUGGGAGUGUGAAUCUGGAAAUUCCCUAAACCAUUAUUUGUUUGCUCUUCCAAAAGAACUUGUUCCUCGUGAAAAGGUUUAUGAUCCGUUUAGGUCCACUGUUUUGUCCCUACGUUGGAAUCUGUUGCUUAGGCCUGCUCUUCCUCCUUGCUAUGGCCAGUCAGAAUUAUCAUCCAUGUCUGAUCAGCAUGUCCUUGAUGGAGCUGCCUAUGGUUCAAAUACACCCUCAAUUGAUUUCCCAACACUCAAUCUUGGUCCUCAUGAUUUAGCAUGGCUAAUCAAAUUCUGGAACUUAAAUUAUGCUCCUCCUCAGAAAAUUCGGUCAUUUUCUAGGUGGCCACGUUUUGGAGUCCCAAGAGUUCCUAGAUCUGGGAAUCUGUCACUAGACAAGGUAAUGACAGAAUUCAUGUUUAGGGUUGAUGCAACUCCAGCAUGCAUCAAUCACAUGCCUCUAGAAAAUGAUGAUCCAGCCAAGGGAUUGACAUUUAAGAUGACAAAGCUGAAAUAUGAACUUUAUUAUGGUCGAGGAAAGCAAAAAUUCACAUUCGAAAGCAAACGUGGUCCACUUGAUCUUGUGUAUCAGGGUCUUGACCUUCACAUGCCCAAAGCAUUUAUUAAUAGGGAAGAUUGCACUAGUGUCUCCCAAGCAGUUCAAAUGACUAGGAAAACUUCACAAUCUGGAUCAAUGGAAAGGGCUAGGAAUGUGAAAAGCAGCAGUAUGGUGAGUGGCAGCACAGAACGACAUCGUGAUGAUGGUUUUCUUUUAUCAUCUGAUUACUUUACAAUCAGGAGGCAAUCUCCAAAGGCUGAUCCUGAAAGGUUAUUGGCAUGGCAAGAAUCUGACAGAAGAAAUGUUGAGGUGACUUAUGUGAGGUCUGAGUUUGAAAAUGAUAGCGAAAGCGAUGACCAUGCAAGAUCUGAGCUAAGUGAUGAUGAUGGAUAUAAUGUAGUGAUUGCAGAUAAUUGUCAGCGCAUAUUUAUUUAUGGUCUUAAACUUUUGUGGACUAUUGAGAAUAGAGAUGCUGUCUGGUCUUGGGUUGGUGGAUUAUCUAAAGCUUUUCAACCUCCAAAGCCAUCUCCUUCUCGGCAAUAUGCUCACAGAAAGUUGCUUGAGGAGAAUAAGAUGGCCGACAAAUCUGAGAUGUCUCAAGAUGAUAAUCGGAAGUCUCCUCCUAGUCAUGGUGUGAAUUCUUCAUCUCCACAACAUUCAGGGACAUCAGGAUCACAAUUGCGGUCAUCUCCUUCUAAUUCAGUUAAAGUUGAGGCUUCUUUUUUUAAUGAAACUGCAAAAUUUGGUAGCACUGAAGAGUCUGAGGGGGAGGGGACCCGUCAUUUCAUGGUGAAUGUCAUUGAACCACAAUUCAAUCUUCACUCAGAAGAUGCAAAUGGUAGAUUUUUGCUUGCAGCUGUUAGUGGCCGUGUUUUAGCUCGUUCAUUCCAUUCAGUUCUUCAUAUUGGGCAUGAGAUAAUUGAACAGGCACUUGGUGGAGGGAAUGUUCAGAUCCCUGAAUCUCAACCAGAAUUGACAUGGAACCGCAUGGAGUUCACCAUGAUGUUAGAGCAUGUGCAGGCUCACGUUGCUCCAACUGAUGUAGAUCCAGGGGCUGGACUUCAGUGGCUUCCCAAAAUCCGUAAAAGCUCACCAAAAGUGAAAAGAACUGGGGCAUUACUUGAAAGAGUAUUUAUGCCUUGUGAUAUGUAUUUCCGGUAUACAAGGUAUAAAGGUGGUACUCCUGACUUGAAGGUGAAGCCCUUAAAAGAGCUUUCUUUCAAUUCUCAUAAUAUUACAGCAACAAUGACAUCUCGCCAAUUUCAAGUCAUGCUGGAUGUUUUAACCAAUCUCCUAUUUGCUCGACUUCCAAAGCCUCGAAAAGUUAGUCUAUCAUAUCCAACUGAUGAUGAUGAAGAUGUUGAAGAGGAGGCAGAUGAAGUUGUUCCUGAUGGUGUUGAAGAGGUAGAACUAGCUAGGAUCAACCUUGAAGAAAAGGAACGUUUCCAAAAGUUAAUCCUGGAUGACAUCAGGAAGUUGUCUCUUUGUAAUGAUGUUUCUGUAGAAGUUUAUUCGGAAAAGGAUCGUGAUCCAUGGAUGGUAACUGGUGGAAGGUCCAUAUUGGUAAAAAAAUUAAAAAAGGAGCUAAUUAGUGCACAAAAAUCUAGAAAAGCUGCAUCUGCUUCUCUAAGGAUGGCCCUGCAGAAGGCUGCACAGCAACGGUUGACAGAGAAAGAAAAGAACAAAAGUCCUUCAUGUGCUAUGCACAUUUCUUUGCAGAUUAAUAAAGUUGUCUGGAGCAUGCUUGUAGAUGGUAAAUCUUUUGCAGAAGCAGAGAUAAAUGACAUGAUAUAUGAUUUUGACAGGGAUUACAAAGAUGUUGGUGUUGCUCGGUUUACAACAAAAUACUUUGUUGUAAGAAACUGUCUGCCCAAUGCCAAGUCUGAUAUGCUUCUUUCAGCCUGGAACCCUCCUCCUGAAUGGGGAAAAAAAGUUAUGCUUCGUGUAGAUGCAAAACAGGGAGCUCCUAAAGAUGGUAACUGUCCUCUUGAACUCUUCCAGGUGGACAUCUACCCCUUGAAAAUACACUUGACUGAGACUAUGUACAGAAUGAUGUGGGAAUACUUUUUCCCAGAAGAAGAACAAGACUCCCAGCGACGACAGGAAGUUUGGAUUUCAACUACAGCUGGUUCAAGGCGUGCAAAGAAAGGUUCAUCAGCACAUGAAGUUCCAGUUUCUAGUAGCCAUUUAGCUAAAGAUUCUCAGGUGUUGUAUAAAUCAAACACCUCUGUACUACCAAUUACAUGUGGAACUUCUCAGUCUUCAUCUGCUGAUGCCUCUGAAGCAUCAAAGUUGCAGAACUUGAAUACAAAUAUUGUUUCUGGUGCAACUUCGCAAAUACGACGAACAUCUUCCUUUGAUAGAACAUGGGAGGAAACUGUUGCUGAAUCUGUUGCUAAUGAACUUGUGAAAGCUCAUUGUUCGGACGCAUCUUCAGCAAAAGGUGAGGCUUUGGCAUCUAUGGAGCAGCCAGAUGAAGCCUCUAGAAAUAAAUCCAAAGACUCCAAACUUAUUAAAUCUGGGCGCUCCUCUCAUGAAGAGAAAAAGGUAGGAAAGGCAAAUGAUGAAAAAAGAUCUAGGCCUCGAAGAAUGAGAGAGUUCCACAAUAUUAAGAUAAGUCAGGUUGAGUUACUAGUGACAUAUGAAGGAUCAAGAUUUGCUGUAAGUGAUCUAAGAUUGCUGAUGGAUACAUUCCAUCGUCCUGAAUUUACUGGAACCUGGAGGAGGCUAUUCUCACGAGUUAAGAAGCAUAUCAUAUGGGGAGUCUUAAAAUCUGUCACAGGAAUGCAGGGCAAGAAGUUUAAAGAUAAAGCUCAUGGUCAAAAAGAAGCUGGUGCAACUGGAGUUCCCAACAUUGAUCUUAAUCUCAGUGAUAGUGAUGGAGGUUCAGCUGAAAAAUCUGAGCAGUACCCAUUAACCUGGCCCAAGCGAUCAAGUGAUGGGGCAGGCGAUCGGUUUGUGACCUCCGUAAGGGGCCUUUUCAAUUCACAGCGCCGUAAGGCAAAGAAUUUUGUUCUACGAACAAUGAGAGGUGAAGCAGAAAAUGAUUUACAUGGUGGUGAGUGGAGUGACAGUGAGGCAGAGUUUCCACCCUUUGCCAGACAAUUGACAAUAACAAAAGCCAAGAAAUUGAUUAGGCGGCACACAAAAAAAUUCCGCACAAGAGGGCAAAAAGGCUUGUCUUCUUCUCAGCAAAGAGAAUCUGUCCCCUCAUCUCCAAGGGACACACCGUUCUGUAGUGAUUUUUCAAGCGGAUCCUCCCCUUAUGAGGAUUUCAAUGAAUAGCACAGAUGUUAUGAGAUCUCUAAAUUCCGGGAAUGCUGCAGUGCGAAGGGGACCCACACUUGUCCAUACUGCCCCGCCCCACCCCAUCGUUGCAACUCAACUCCUGUCAAUCCCUAUAGGCCAGGGGCCGUCUCCAAAUAAACGUAAAAACAAGGAGAAAGAAAGAAGCAACCUGUAAGUGGUAAAUGAACUAUUUAAGAGCUACAGUACAUUUUACUUUGAUAGUAUAUAAUAGUAGAGUGAGAUGGACUCAGAUACUUGAGUCCCUAAUUUUUGUAAACGCAAUGGGUUAAAAUUUAGCCGGAAGCCCGAGUGGAAUGGAUGUGUACAUGAGAAAUUGCAAUAAAAAGAAAAAUCUUCUAUUUUUCUGGUGUACAGUCCAUUUCUCGCAUUCAUUCUCUGGCUCUUGUGAAUAUGUAUACUCAGUACUGGGCAGACUAGCCAGUAGCCAGGCCAUAUUUCUCCCUUGAUAUUCACAUAAUCGCAGCUAUAAUGGAAGAAUUCAAAUAUUCAAUCUUUGUU